UUGCAGUCUAUUAUUAUUAAGGAAAUAAAAAAGAAAAGAAAGAAGGGCAGAAGUGGGCAGGCCUGCUCACUGGUUUCAAUCAAACCAGGCCGGCGCCAAAGAAACUCAAACAAAUGCUCAUUGAAUCGAAGGAGAAGAUCUAAGAAGCAAAAAAUGAGCGGGACUCGAUUAUGCGCAUUGCUCGGAGAAUUAGGUUACGAAGGGGCAGACACACUAGACCCAGACAGUUUCGAAUGGCCUUUCCAAUACGACGACGCACGCCCUAUCCUCGACUGGAUCUGCUCCAGUCUCCGCUCUUCCAACGUCCUCUCCCUCUCCGACCUCUCCCGGUACGAACAGUUUCUUCAAGAGGAGAAGCUUUUGGAGGGUGAGGACUUGGAGUUUGCUUAUGAUAGCAUUUCAGCUUUUUCUUCAAGGAGAGACAAUCAGGAGGAAGUUUUUGGCGCUGAAGAACCCUUAAAAGAUAUAAGGGAUGCCACUUCGGCGUAUAAAGCUGAAGCUUUGGAGUUGCAGAAACAGCUCAGGCAUUUGCAGGCGCAGUUUGAUUUGCUUUCUGGCCAGGCUUCUGCUUUGAUCCAAGGGAGGCGGGCUCGAGUUGCUGCAACAUCUACUGUGAAUGGAUGCCUUGCUGCAGUUGAUGAUACUCUUUCAGCACGAAACUUAAGGAUGAAUGAAGUUCUUGGAAGGAUUGCAUCUACAGCACAAGAGUUGGCUCACUAUCAUUCUGGCGAUGAGGGUGGCAUCUACUUAGCUUACUCUGAUUUUCAUCAGUACUGGCUUCAAGAUUCAUCUUGUAUAAAGGAAAUAAAUCAGUGGUUCUCUAAGCAACUGGACACGGGACCUUUUCGACUAGUAGCUGAGGAGGGCAAAUCAAAAUGUUCGUGGGUGAGUCUUGAUGACGUCUCAAAUAUUUUAGUACGAGCAGAUUUAGAACAAUCCCAUCACCAGCGUGUUUCAGAAUUGCAACGGCUUCGUUCUAUAUUUGGAACAAGUGAAAGGCAAUGGGUUGAAGCCCAGGUUGAGAAUGCCAAGCAGCAAGCUAUUCUGAUGGUACUUAAAUCUCAAGUAACAUCAGAUGAAGCACACAUACAUCUUGAUCUUCAUUCUCUAAGGAGAAAACAUGUUGUAUUGGUGGAAGAGCUUUCAAAUCUUCAUCACAAAGAAGAUAAGUUAUUAUCUGAGACCAUUCCAGAUCUUUGUUGGGAGUUAGCUCAACUCCAAGACACAUACAUUUUGCAAGGUGACUAUGAUUUAAAGGUCAUGCGUCAAGAAUGCUAUAUUAAUCGACAGAAGAUGUUCAUAAAUCAUCUAAUAAAUCAACUAGCAAGGCAUCAGUUCUUGAAAAUAGCUUGUCAGUUGGAAAAGAAGAACAUGCUUGGAGCAUAUUCAUUACUUAAAGUCAUUGAGUCAGAGCUGCAAGGGUACCUUUCAGCAACUAAGGGCCGAGUGGGUUGUUGCCUGGCACUAACUCAAGCUGCAUCUGAUAUACAAGAACAAGGAGCAGUGGAUGAUCGGGAUACUCUUCUGCAUGGUGUUAGGGACCUUCUAAGUAUACAUUCAAAUGCUCAAGCCGGAUUAUCAAUAUAUGUAUCAGCUCCUGGCAUUGUACAACAGAUUUCUGCUCUACAUGCAGAUUUGAUGACACUUCAGUCUGAUCUUGAGAACUCCCUUCCAGAAGACAGAAAUAGAUGUAUCAUUGAGCUGUGUACACUUAUUCAAAGUUUGCAGCAAUUGCUGUUUGCAUCUUCAACAACUGCACAGCCAAUACUGACACCUCGGACAUUAAUGAAGGAGCUUGAUGAAAUGGAAAAGAUCAACGCAAAACUAUCUGCGGCGGUUGAAGAGGUGACCCUUGAACACUGCAAGAAGAAUGAGAUUGUAAAACAUCAUUCCCAAGAGGUUGGACUUCAAAGGCGUGUUUUUGUUGAUUUCUUCUGCAAUCCUGAACGUUUGAGAAGCCAAGUUAGAGAGUUGACUGCUCGAGUCAGAGCUUUGCAAGUUGCUUGAUCCGCUUGUUCAUUUAGUCUGUCUGUCUAUUCUAUUCUCACCUCUAAAAACGUAAGACAAGCUGCAUUGUUUCUUGAAUCUGGAGUUGCGUCCAUACUGUUAUCGAAGUGUAUCAUGAGUCCAAUAGCAGCUUCUGUUGCUACUGAAGCUCCACGUUAGAUAAGGAACAAAUGUUAUCCAUUACCAAGGGUUUCAUAAAUGCAACAUCAAUGAAACAUGGAAACAGAGAAA